AUGGAAAAUACUGACGCGCCCUCUUCUAUAAACCUUGGGAAACUUAUUCGCGGAAGCGCAACAAGACUAUCGGAAAAAAUGGCGACGACAGAAGGCGGUCUGGCGCCAGGUAGCGAUGACAUGCCAGUGGGCGGACCGAAGACGCCCCAGCAAAUCGCCGCCCAGCGUCGCCUACAGCAGACACAGGCGCAGGUCGAUGAGGUGGUCGAUAUUAUGAAAACAAACGUCGAAAAGGUACUGGAGCGAGAUCAAAAGCUUUCGGAAUUAGAUGACAGAGCAGACGCACUUCAGCAGGGCGCUUCACAGUUCGAACAGCAAGCUGGAAAACUGAAAAGCAAAUUCUGGUUGCAAAAUUUAAAGAUGAUGAUUAUCGCUGCUGUAAUUGGAAUCAUCAUUUUGGCUCUUAUCAUCGGUCUGUAA